CCCUGGUGCCCGGCCGGGUGUCCGGAGCCCGGGUGCAUCCAAAGGGAUGAGCAUUGGGAGCAGGUCUGGCAGGUCCUGGUGUGAGUGGCGUUUCCGGAGCCCUGGGACCUUCCCAGCCCUGGGGCAGCCGAGGAGGCCCCGUCCUGGGUCUGCCACCCUGGCUUAGGAGGGGAAACUGAGGCAGGGAGGUGGCCGGGCUCACAGCCAGCACGGGGCAGGGGCACAUGGGGUCCCACAGGGCUCCCCAGCACCACCAGGGAGCCCCAUCCUGCUCUCCCUGCCUGGUUUGGAUGCACCCAGUCCCCAUCCAUCCCAGGAGGUGAAAUGGGGACACUGGGCACGGGGACAGCUUGUCCCCACACUGCGCACAGCCUGCAGCAUGGAGAGGGGCCGUGUCACCCCACAGGGGGGUGACAAUGGGACCCUGGGGACUGUCCCCAUCCCACCUCUCUGCGGUGAUGCGGGGCCUCCCCGGUUGCCAUGGAGACCGGCUGCUUUGCCACUCUCCCCAUUUUUCCUGCCUCUUCCCAUCUCCUGGAGCCGGAUCUCGGCCCCUCCGAGGGCUGCGGCAGGAGGUGAGCGGAUGGGGGGGGACCAAGGGGACACCUCAUGGCCAGCAGCACCCAUGGGUGCCUGGACACGCUCCCAGCUCCUCCCCGGCAGCUGUCGGGGACCUUUUUGGGCACUGGGAGCUGCCGGAGGAGAAACCUGAGCCGGAGCCGGCGUCACCAGGAGCAGGAGUGUGACCUCUGCCAUGGGGACAGACACACACAGGGUGUCCCUGCGCCCACCCCAUGCGCCGGCCGCUGGGUUGGGUGCUUUGGGGUGCGAUUCCCAGGGCCCUGGGGUGUCCCUCAUCCCUUCCCUCCUUCCUUGCCUCCGGCAGAUAAGCUCUUUGGGAAGCGGCUGCUCCAGGCCGGGCGCUACAUCAUGUCCCACAAGGCCUGGAUGAAGACGGUGCCCACCGAGAACUGCGACGUGCUCAUGACCUUCCCGGACACCACCGAUGACCACACGCUGCUCUGGCUCCUGAACCACAUCCGCCUCGGCAUCCCCGAGCUCAUCGUGCAGGUCCGGCACCACAAGCACACCCGUGUCUAUGCCUUCUUCGUCACUGCUACCUAUGAGAGUUUGCUGCGUGGGGCCGAUGAGAUCGGGCUGCGGAAGCCGGUGAAAGCAGAGUUCGGAGGCGGAAUGAGAAGCUUCUCCUGUGAGGAGGAUUACAUCUAUGAGAACAUCGAGAACGAGCUUUACUUCUUCACCUCUCAGGAACGGCAAAACAUCAUCAGGUACUGGCUGGAGAACCUGCGCGCCAAGCAGGGAGAGUCCCUGCACAACAUCCACUUCCUGGAGGGGCAGCCCAUCAUCCCGGAGCUGGCAGCCCGAGGUGUCAUCCAGCAGCUCUUCCCAUUGCACGAGCAGAGGAUCCUCAAGCGGCUCAUGAAGUCCUGGGUGCAGGCAGUGUGCGAGGCCCAACCGCUCGAUGAGAUCUGUGACUACUUUGGGGUGAAAAUCGCCAUGUACUUCGCUUGGUUGGGCUUCUACACCUCGGCCAUGGUGUACCCAGCAGUGUUCGGGUCCAUCCUCUACACCUUCACUGAGAACGACCAGACCAGCCAGGACAUCUGCUGCGUGGUCUUUGCCAUCUUCAACGUCAUCUGGGCCACACUCUUCCUCGAGGAGUGGAAGCGCCGCGGUGCUGAGUUCGCCUACAAAUGGGGGACGUUGGACACCCCGGCUGAGUCCAUCGAGGAGCCACGGCCACAGUUCAGGGGCAUAAAGAGGAUCAGCCCCGUGACCAGCGCGGAGGAGUUUUACUACCCACCAUGGAAGCGUCUCCUAUUCCAGUGCUUGGUCAGCCUCCCCAUCUGCCUCACCUGCCUCUCCCUCGUCUUCCUCCUCAUGCUGGGCUGCUUCCAGCUCCAGGAGUUCGUGCUGAGCAUCCAAGAGCUGCCCCGCAUCAUCCGGUUCCUGCCCAAGAUCCUCCUGGCCAUCAUCGUCACUGCCUGCGAUGAGCUCUACAAGAAGAUCGCAUACUGGCUGAAUGACAUGGAGAACUAUCGUCUGCAGAGUGCCUACGAGAAGCAUCUCAUCAUCAAAAUCGUCCUGUUUCAGUUUGUAAAUUCAUACCUGAGUCUUUUCUACAUCGGUUUCUACCUCAAAGACAUGGACCGGCUGAAGGAGAUGUUGGCCACGCUGCUCAUCACCCGGCAGCUCCUGCAGAACGUCAGGGAGGUCUCCCAGCCCCACUUGUACCGGCGCCUGCGCCGGGGGGACCUCAACCUCCGCAGCCUCCACCAGCUCGCCCAGGCCCUGCUCUGCCUGCUCGUCCCUCGCCGACACCCCCAGGCCCCUUCCGAUGGGCUCCGGGGGGAGAGGAAGUGUCUGAACGGCGGCUGUGGGGUCCCCGAGGAGGAGGAGGAGGAGGAAGAGCGCCGGGAGUCGGACUCGGAGGAGGAGAGCGCCCUGGACUGCGGGCUCAAGCUCAAGAAGGUGAGCUUCAUUGAGAGGGCCGAGCGGCGCAGCACCGAGCCUGGUGGUGCUGAGGAUGACAGCUUCCUGGAGGAGGGCAGCCCCACCAUGGUGGAGAAGGGCAUGGACCCCGCGUCCGUCUUCGAGCUGUGCGAGGAUGAGGAUGAGGCCGAAGGUGCCCCCGGCAGCCCGGUGAAGGCGAUGGAGCCUGCGGUGGUCCCGCGGGCUGGGCGCAGGAGGAGGGUGGCAGAGAGCCGGGAGGAAGAGGAGGGUGAGGAGGAAGGAACGAAGCGCAACCGUGCGUCAUGGAUUGACCCGCCGGAGGAGGACUACUCCACACAGCUGACACAGGCAGAGGUGGAAAGCUGCAUGAAGAAGUAUGAGGACACGUUCCAGGACUACCAGGAGAUGUUCAUCCAGUUCGGGUACGUGGUGCUCUUCUCCUCCGCCUUCCCCCUGGCUGCCAUGUGUGCGCUGGUGAACAACAUCAUCGAGAUCCGGAGCGAUGCCUUCAAGCUGUGCACAGGGCUCCAGCGCCCCUUCGGCCAACGCGUCGAGAGCAUCGGGCAGUGGCAGAAGGUGAUGGAGGCCAUGGGUGUCUUGGCCAUCGUGGUCAACUGCUACCUGAUUGCCCAGUGUGGGCAGCUCCAGCGCCUCUUCCCCUGGCUCAGCCCCGAGGGAGCCAUCAUCUCUGUGGUGGUGCUGGAGCACUUCGCCCUGUUCCUCAAGUACAUCAUCCAAGUGGCCAUCCCCGAUAUCCCUGCCUGGGUGGCCGAGGAGAUGGCCAAGCUGGAAUACCAGCGGCGCGAGGCCUUCAAGAAGCACGAGCGGCAGGCACAGCAUCACUUCCAGCAGCAGCAGCGGCGCAAGCGGGAGGAGGAGGAGCGGCAGCGGCAUGCCGAGUACCAGGCCCGCAAGGAACGGGAAUGCAGCCGGGAUGAGGCCAAGCCUGAGGCCACCGGGCAGGACCCGGCCCACGACAAGAGCCAGAGCAAAGGGAAAGGCUCCGGGGGCUCCCACGGCGGCUCCGACAAGCCCAAGAGACCCAGUUCCCUCCUGGCCACCAACAACGUGAUGAAGCUCAAGCAGAUCAUCCCUCUGCAGGGCAAGUUCCUGUCCGGGGGGGCCGGGGCCGGCAGCACGGCCACCACCAGGUCCCCCCAGUCCCCUACGGGCAGCGAGAACAAGCUCCCUGGUUUCCUCAGCUUCAAGUUCCUCAAGUCGCCCGAGACGAAGAGGGAUGUGGGCACCGAGAAGGUGCAGUCGCCAACCAAGCCAUUCAAUCCCGGCAAGCUCUUCAACUUCGGCAAGUCCGAAGGGGCUGGGGGCAAUGGUGCCGUGGCCACUGCAUCCCCCCAGCCGCGGUCCGGCCCCUCCAUGGACACGGGUGAGCGGCCGGUGCCCAGCAAGUCCCAUCUCAAUGGGGUGCCGGAGGAAGGGAGCCGUGAGGAGCCGGAGAGCCGGGCAGAGGAGGAGAGCGGGGGGUAUAAACUGUAACCGGAGCUCCAGGGGAGCAGGGAUGAGUGGGAAUGAGCGCUCCCUUCUCCAGGCAGCCGUUACCAUCAUCAUCCUCUUGCCUCCCUUUGCCAUCCCCUGACACCAGGAGCUGGCCCCUCGCUCUGCGCCGUUCCCCUGUGCCGCAUCCCCUCGUGUCCCUCCAGCCCCUCCACUGGGACCCACUGCAUCCUGCACCAGGGACACCCAGCAAAGCACCUGGCCAUGGCUUUGGGUUCGGAGCAUCCCAACAGGUUUCCCUGCUGUGACCCACCAGAGAUGUCCCAGUCUGGCUCUGUGCCGUGAGCCUGAAGAGACUCACAGGGAGAUGCUGUGGCCCAAGGAGUCAAGGAGAACUCAGCGCUGCCAGAUCCAGCAGGACCAGCUCACCAGGCUCAGCACCAUGUCCCUGAUGGCAGAGGGAUGAGACCACAGUGGAGAGAGGAGCCUGAUUCAAACGUGCCUACAGCUCCUGCCAUCCAGGCACUGCUCCAUCCCACUCCUGGCAGCCUCCACGUGGAUUCCUUCCCAGCACCGGCCAUUGUCCUGCCCGAAGCCCAGCCGGGAGGGAGGGGGGCGAGCGCCAGCACCCAGAUCCUCAUGCAUGGGCAGCAUUUAUUGCACUAAACCCCAAACCAACCCCAAGGCAAGCGGCUCUGCUCUGCUUCAUGCGACGGCAGAGCCCGGCCCAUGGGGGCAGCAGCCGCGGGGACUGCAACGGGAGCCGGGAUCGGCCCUUUCCCACUCCGCUUUCCCAUUUCCUGGAAUGAUUUCGCAAUGAGGCACUCGCGGAGGUUGCGCCGGAGCCUGGGGAUAGGAA